CGCGGGCCGCAGCGGCAGCUCCUCGGCAGCCGCACUUAGCAGCGUGCGCCCCGGUGCAACCCUGGCUUUCCCACCUCUGGACGCCCGUGCCCCCUUCAUCGUUCGCAACCAGAAGCCCAGUGCAGCCCCCGGAGCACCCUCUGCACCUCCUCCGCUCCCCGGACCGCGACCCAGGCCGCCCCGAGAUGACCGCGACCGGAGCCCUCCUGCGCGUCCUCUUGCUCCUGCUGGCUUUCGGCCACAGCACCUAUGGGGCUGAAUGCGACCCAGCCUGCAACCCCCAAAAUGGAUUCUGCGAGGAUGACAAUGUUUGCAGGUGCCAGCCCGGCUGGGAGGGCCCCCAGUGUGACCAGUGCAUGACCUCCCCCAGCUGUGCUAAUGGAGUCUGCAAGGAACCCGGAGACUGCAUCUGCAAGGAUGGCUGGGAUGGGGAGCUCUGCGACAUAGAUGUGAGGGCUUGCACCUCAACCCCCUGCGCCAACAAUGGAACCUGCGUGGACCUGGAGAAAGGCCAGUACGAAUGCGCCUGCAUCUCUGGGUUCACUGGAAAGGACUGCCAACACAAAGCUGGACCCUGCGUGAUCAAUGGGUCUCCCUGCCAGCAUGGGGGCGCCUGUGUGGAUGAUGAGGGCCAAGCCUCGCAUGCUUCCUGCCUGUGCCCCCCUGGCUUCUCUGGCAACUUCUGUGAGAUCGUGACCAACAGCUGCAUCCCUAACCCAUGCGAGAACGAUGGCGUCUGCACCGACAUCGGGGGCGACUUCCGUUGCCGCUGCCCAGCUGGCUUCGUGGACAAGACCUGCAGCCGCCCGGUGAGCAACUGCGCCAGCGGCCCGUGCCUGAACGGGGGCACCUGCCUCCAGCACACCCAGGUGAGCUACGAGUGUCUGUGCAAGCCCCCGUUCAUGGGUCCCACGUGCGGGAAGAAGCGCGGGGCCGGCCCUGUGCAGGUCACCCACCUGCCCAGUGGCUACGGGCUCACCUACCGCCUGACCCCCGGGGUGCACGAGCUGCCAGUCCAGCAGCCCAAGCACCGCGUCCUGAAGGUGUCCAUGAAAGAGCUCAGCAAGAGUACCCCUCUCCUCACCGAGGGACAGGCCAUCUGCUUCACCAUCCUGGGGGUGCUCACCAGCCUGGUGGUGCUGGGCACCGUGGCCAUCGUCUUCCUCAACAAGUGCGAGGCCUGGGUGUCCAACCUGCGCUACAACCACAUGCUGCGCAAGAAGAAGAACCUGCUGCUGCAGUACAACAGUGGUGAGGAGCUGGCGGUCAACAUCAUCUUCCCAGAGAAGAUCGACAUGACCACCUUCAGCAAGGAGGCUGGCGACGAGGAGAUCUAAGCAGCGUUCCCCCCCAA